CUCACCUUCUUUCUUUAGUCCAAGUGCUGGAGCACGUUUGAGUGACCAUGGAGUGCAUUUGCUGUCAUGUAGUUCAGCGUUAACACGGCGUGAAUAUUAGAAGAGGGGGACUUUAGCGUGGAUACGAGGAGGCACAGUCGAGCCAUGUCUGCACGGGAGGAAGGAGAGCUUUUGCACAGUAAAACAAGGCACCACGACGGAGCUGGAAGUGUAAACAGCUCAGAGGGCUUCAGGAACGGCUAUGUGAAGAGCUGCGUCACCCCUCUCAAACAGGACCAUCACAGGGGAUUUUUGUUUAACGUGUGCAGGUUUUCCAACGAAGACAUUCUUAAUUCAAAAUUGUUAAAGAUAUCUGCCCUUUACGUCGGCGCGUUUGUAUUCUUCGCAGUUUCUUUCCUCAUUUCUAGGAGCUUGCAAAGUGACUCGCUGUGGGAUUUGCGGACUUUUUUGUCGGGCUUAUCCCAGUCCAUCAGUCCUUUAUUCAGCAUAGGAUGUGCUUUUUUCUUUCUCACCUUUUACCUGAGGAGGAAAAAGAAGGAGAGCAGUAAAUGUUGGCUCCUGUCACUACCAGCAUCGUGUUACCUCGGGGAUUUUUUUGUUUUGCGGUUUUUGCAAUGGGGAGAGGACCAACACCAGAUGCAAAUGGUGGGCAGGUUGUUAUUCGUGUUGGGAUGUGUGGGUCUGCUCACACUGAUUCCAACUCUGAAACUCAAACACAGUGUUCUUAUCCUGGUUUUUGCCAGCGUUGUGUGGCUGGUUUCUUUCACAAGUUUGAGCGGUCUGCCUGCACUGCUCCGACCUCUCUUCGCCUGCUUUGCGGGGGUUUCGGGCUCCCUGUUGGGGCUCUGUUUUGACCGCUACUACCCGUCGAGGGAAGCACCGAGUGGGAUUUCCACCGCGGAGGAAAAGGUCCCAGUGAUCAGACCUAGGAGAAGGUCCAGUUGUGUUUCACUUGGGGAAACGUCGACCAGCUAUUAUGGCAGUUGUAAAAUGCCUCGCAGACCUUCGCUGCCCUGCAUAUCCAGAGAACAGAUGAUCUUGUGGGACUGGGAUCUGAAACACUGGUACAAACCACAGUAUCAGGGUGCGGUGAGCGGCAACGGCGUGGAUCUUUCAGUCAUCAAUGAGGCCAGGAACCUGGUGUCCGACCUGCUGAUGGACUCCUCUCAGUCCCCACACACCAUCUCAGCCCUGCGCAGCAUCUCCAGCCUCAUGGGGACAUUUUCAGGCUCGUGCCGCCCCAGGGUCAACCCCUUCACCCCCUUCCCCGGGUUCUACCCCUGUGAUGAGGUGGAGGAUUCUGUAGAGAGGAGUGACAGAAAGACCAUAAAGGGUUUGAGCAGCAGGAACAGCCUCCCCACCCCUCAGCCCAGGAGGAGCUCCACCUCCUCCUCCUGCUCUGCACUCCCUCCUCUUGACUCCUCUUCCUUACGCUGGGAACGCAACACUGGCAAGAGACCCCACCCAGACCUCAACUUGAGCAGCUCAGGUCUGUCUAAUGGACCCAAUCCAAACCUGCUCACCAUUCCCAAGCAGAGGUCUUCAUCUGUUACUCUCACCUACCAUUCAGGGUCCAGGAGAGCAGGGGCCUCUCCGAGCCUGAGCCCAGGCACCUCCCCCAGCCACGGUACUCUUGCAGGUUCCUCAUCGUCUCUCGUCACUCGAUCGCCUGUGGAGUUCCCGGACACGGCUGACUUCCUGACAAAGCCCAGUGUCAGUUUAAACCUGCACAAGCCCUUGGGUUACACCCUCAGCUCACCUGAUUUCCAGCAGGCCUUCCGUAGCUCCGCCUUCCCUCUGUGCACCAGCUGUGGUCGUCAGAUGCUCAAGGGCGUUACCAGCGGUGACGCAGGGGAAUCCUAUCAAACAUUCACUAGUGAGGCUCAACGCAGACGCUCAGCAGGUGAAGGGUUGGAUUUCGCAGGAGAGUCUCUGAUCAGGGAGGAGAGCGUGGAGGUGGACGUGUCGGGGGACGGGGGUCCAGACGCUGCAGGGAACACGGGGCAGGAGGAGAAGGACAAGAGCACAGACCAGCAAACUCAGGAAUCAGAGGGUGAGCAGGAGUUCAGACUAGAUCCUAUGCUGAAGGACCAAGAGGCUCUCAUGGAGAGGAUGAACACCUGGAACUUCCAGAUCUUUGACCUGGUGGACAGGACGGGGGGGAAGACCGGAAGGAUACUCAGCUAUGUGACGUACACCCUGUUCCAGGAUACGUGUCUGUUUGAGAUAUUUAAGAUCCCUGUGAGGGAGUUCAUGUCAUACUUCUGUGCUCUGGAAAGUGGCUACAGAGACAUUCCCUAUCAUAACAGGGUCCAUGCUACUGAUGUGCUCCAUGCUGUCUGGUACCUGACCACUCGACAAAUCCCCGGGUUCCAGCAGAUUCACAGCGAGCAUGUGACAGGAAGUGACACAGAUUCAGACAGUGGGAUCUCUCCAGGCAGGGUGUCCUACGCCUCCUCUAAAAGCUCCUCCAUUUCAGAUGACAGCUACGGCUGCCUGGCCUGGAACAUACCUGCCCUGGAGCUCAUGGCCCUUUAUGUAGCAGCUGCAAUGCACGACUAUGACCAUCCCGGUCGCACAAAUGCCUUUCUAGUAGCCACUAAUGCAUCUCAGGCGGUGCUGUAUAAUGACAGGUCAGUGCUGGAGAACCACCACGCUGCGUCUGGCUGGAGCCUCUACCUGUCCCGGCCCGAGUUCAACUUCCUGGUCAACCUGGAUCAUGUGGAGUUCAAACGUUUCCGCUUCCUGGUCAUCGAAGCUAUACUGGCCACAGACCUCAAGAAGCACUUUGACUUCCUGGCUGAGUUCAAUGCCAAGGUGAAUGAUGUGAACAGUCCAGGAAUCGAUUGGACCAAUGAGAACGACAGGCUGCUGGUGUGCCAAGUGUGUAUCAAGCUGGCAGAUAUCAAUGGGCCAGCCAAAGUCCGUGAUCUGCACCUCAAGUGGACAGAAGGCAUCGUUAAUGAGUUUUAUGAGCAGGGUGAUGAGGAGGCAGAUUUGGGAUUACCCAUCAGCCCCUUCAUGGACCGCUCCUCCCCUCAGCUAGCGAAGCUACAGGAGUCCUUCAUCACUCAUAUUGUAGGACCACUUUGUAACUCCUAUGAAGCCGCCGGCCUUCUUCCUGGCCACUGGAUUAAUGGAGAGGGAUCAGAUGUAGACGAUGAGGAAGGGCAGGUGGACAGCGACACAGAUGAAGAUGAAGAAGAGGAGGAUGAGCUAGAGGAUGAGCUGCUACCAAAGAGGAGGAAGAAACGCCGCAGGUUGUUCUGCAGCAUCAUGCAGCACCUGACCGAGAACCACAAGGUGUGGAUAAAGACCAUCGAGGAGGAGGAGAAGAGCAAAGAGAUCAGCAAACAGCAGCAGCAGCCCGACGGCCUCCUCCCAAACCUGCCCGCCAGCCUGCCCACCUCCCCUUCAGAUGACAUCCAGGUCAUCCAGGAGGAGGAGGAGGGAGAGGAGCGUCAGUAGCAGCAGGGCGAAGGAAAUAACAGAGACACGUGAAAAAGAAGAGGAGGAGAGGCAGAACAAGGACAUGAGUCCCUCAACCACCUGCCUUUCACCGACACAGACAGAUGCACAUAAAACACACUUUUCUCCCUCCCUCUCUUUUUCUUACACGUACACACACACAUAUUGAAAGAUUCACUGUGCAGACACUCAGAUGCUUAAGCAGUCACAUUGUUUUUUGGAGAAACAAAAAGGCCUUACUACUGUGAGCGGAUCCUUGCUGCAACGGUGGGAGCCCAACUCCUAUGCACUUUCAACCCAUGAAGAGUCGAGUGCACCCAGAAAAAAAAAAAAGCACCAGAACUGUGGAGGAAAGGUGAAGAAGAAGAGUUUGGACGGCGUGGAGCAGUAUCUUGCUCAACUCCACGGUGACCUGGCUGUGAUGCUGCCUUGAAUGGAAAAGCGCUUACACCUCCCUUAGGUACUAAACAAUUCCUGUCUAUUUAAAAAUGAAAGGUAGAGGAAACAUAAUGAAGCAAGCGACAUCAUGAAGUGAUUGAUACCCUUUACCAAAGCAAACACGGAAAGACAAGAGACUGAGACUGUUUCAGCCUCAAAGUCAGGUAUAUUUUUGAAUUAUAUAUAUAUAUACAUAUAUAUAUAUCAAAUGUGCCUGUCUGAACCUUUACUGAGUCCAUAUCGGCCCAGAGCCUAGGCUUGUGUAGUUCUCUCUCCUUGCUGGCGACACGAAACACUGUAUCAGACUCAGUCACAGAGACAUUAUUGAAAUGUUGACUGAAUAAUAGCAUUAUAUCUGCAUCAUUUUUGAUGCUUUUACUCAUGUGUACCACCUGUCUUUUUGUUUUGGAUAUUUUAACUGUCCUUGCUUCAUUUUUCUUAGAGUGUGUGAAUAUUUUUGAAGGGAAUGUGAUAAAGAGAAUGUGUAGGGAGAAAGACAGCACAUUUUUUAAUUAUUUGACCAUGUACUUUGUGUAUAUGUUUGUGUGUCCUUUCAGUAAUGGUUGCUUUCUAAUCAGUGAAAUGUCCUCUGGUGUUUUAACAUGUUGCUUUGAGAUCAGGAGUGCUGUUUCAAUGAAUGGAUUCUUCAUUUUUCUCUUUUGAUUCUAAGUAUUUUUUAAAGGUUACUCAGGAUUCACACAAAAGUUGAAUAAUUAUUUUGCAAGAAUUUAUGUCAUUAAUAUAAAAUACACUUUAAAAAGUCAGAAAAUUAAAAUCUGGGUGACUGAAGUAGUUUGUAAUCUCUUAAUGAACAACUUGAAUACAAACAAAUUCAAGCAAUGAAAUCCUCUGUGACGGAGGAGCAUACAAUAUGUGCUGUCUCUCGGCCAUUCAUUCACUGUUUGCAUAACCUUUUUACAACCUCACUGGAGAAGGGCUUAUCUUGAUUGUCAGCAGACUGCAAACGUCUGUCCUGCAUCAACACCUUUUCGCAGAUCUAGAACAGUCUAUUAGGUCAUCUCUUUUUCUUAAAUUCAUUGCACAAUCUACUCUGUUUUUAAACAAACAGCAAAAUGUCUAUUCAGUGUUUUGGUCUGAAGGCAAACACUGAUAUUCGGAUAAAUUGAAAGCUCAUCCAAAUCCUUUUGCUCAAUUAUUAUUGUUUUUUUUUGCCAAACCCAUAACUCGGCCAGUGUGUAAAGAAGGGAUCCAGGGUUAAUUUCACUUAUUGUUUAUAUAUAUACAGUACAAUACAUACAGUAUAUAUAUCAAGACGUGCUGUGAGGCACCUUAAAAAACUACUAGUUCUCUAUUUUUGUCUCUAAGAACUCUUGGCAUUCCACUAGUAGAGGACGUUUUAGGGAAGAGAAGGCAGAAGUGUUAUCUUAUCACCUUAUUAAAUCAUAAUCUCUGGACAAAAUAUUAAGUAAGCAGUGUAAAUCAAGAUAGUACUAUUUAAAUACUAAACAAUAGAUACAGGUAUGCACGUUUUAAUACCAAACAAGUGUUUAGCCGCUGUACAAAAGAGUAUGUGCAUAUAAAUAUAUAUUUUUUAAAUAAUCAAAUGAAUGCAUCUGUUUUCUACACGCAGCUGACAUAUUGUACAUUGAGAUCCUGUAAGUACCAUUGUGUUUCCAGAGUUUUUAUCUACUUCUUUUUACAGGUGUGGAACUGUGGGGUUUGGUGUUUUGAUUUUUCACUUGGUUUCAGCCUCUCCCGGUUCUGUAUCAUAACCACUCUUGUAUUCCACAUUAUCUUUCUCUAUCACUGUUGUCUCAGUCGACCCAACUUGUGCCAAACUUUACCUACAUACAGUAGUUUGUGGGCUGUGAUACGCUGAUUGGCAAAUUGCCUCUGGGCUCCAGUACUGUUAUUGCAAGAGAAACACCUUGAGUCAAGUAUUCCACCAGGCUCAAAAUGGCAGUGACGGUGGCAGGAGUCAGAGUUGGACUCAGGUCAGAGCCAUAUACAUUCUGACAACUCUGUCGUCAACUUAUUCACAUGGACCCAUGCUGGAUCAUAAAGCCUCGGUAGCUUCUGACCCGCUAUAUUCCAGCUCAUUAAGUUGUAAAGGUUUGUUGGCUUCUCACUGUGCAGUCUUUCAAACUACAGUGUCCUCUGAUGAUUGUGCCAUAAAUACAUCUAUGAAUGGUUGUUACCCUUAUGUAGCAUCAAUAUACGUGUGUUUGUCUAAUGUAACCAUUCACCCUUAUCUACAUUGUGGGGGCAACUGAUUUUUGUUGUUAUUUAUAGCUGUCAUAAAACACCAUCCCUAAAUUAU